GUUGCUGUCGAGGCUCUGUUCCUUCGGGCAUCAACCCAUUUGAUCUUUCAAAAACCCCACCAAUCUAAACAAAUAAACAGAGAAUUCCACACUCUAUAACAGAGUUUCUUCUUCUUCCUUCCUUUUUCACUUUGAACAAGAAAACCCCAUCUCUCUCUGUUUCUUUGUUGCAGAUAAUUAAUUAACCAUGAUUAAGGGGAAGGAUAUUUACGAAGUUUUUGCAGCCAUUGUGCCUUUAUACGUUGCUAUGCUAUUAGCUUAUGGCUCCGUCCGGUGGUGGAAAAUCUUCACGCCGGACCAGUGCUCCGGCAUCAACCGCUUCGUCGCAGUCUUUGCCGUUCCCUUACUUUCCUUCCAUUUCAUCUCUUCCAACGACCCUUACGCCAUGAACUACCGCUUCAUCGCUGCCGACUCCCUCCAAAAAAUCGUCGUUCUUUCCGCUCUCUUUCUCUGGCAAGCCUUCAGCAAAAACGGCAAUCUUGAGUGGCUCAUCACUCUCUUCUCACUCUCCACCCUCCCCAACACUCUCGUCAUGGGCAUCCCCCUCUUGAAGGCCAUGUACGGGGAUUUCUCCGGCGAUCUAAUGGUGCAAAUUGUGGUCUUGCAGAGCAUUAUUUGGUAUACUCUUAUGCUCUUCCUGUUUGAGUUCAGAGGUGCAAAGCUCCUCAUUUCCGAGCAGUUCCCGGAGACCGCGGGCUCGAUCACCUCCUUCAAGGUCGAGUCGGAUGUCGUGUCGCUGAACGGCCGCGAGUCGUUACAGGCGGAUGCCGAGAUUGGUGAGGAUGGAAAGCUUCAUGUGGUGGUGAGAAGAUCAGCUACAUCAUCUGUGGUUUCUUCUUUCAACAAGUCCCAUGGACUCAAUUCUUUAACCUCCAUGACCCCGCGAGCGUCGAAUCUCACCGGCGUAGAGAUCUAUUCGGUACAAUCUUCGCGAGAGCCGACACCGAGGGCUUCGAGCUUUAACCAGACGGAUUUCUAUGCCAUGUUUGCCAGCAAGGCACCCAGUCCAAAACAUGGAUACACAAAUAGCUUCCAAGGGGGUUUAGGGGAUGUUUACUCAUUACAGUCUUCAAAAGGGGCAACACCAAGGGCUUCAAAUUUUGAUGAGGAGAUGUUUAAGAAUGGGAAGAAAAGGGGAGGGAGGAGUAUGAGCGGUGAGCUCUUUAACGGCGGUUUAGUUCCGUCUUACCCGCCCCCAAACCCGUUGUUUUCCGGGUCUACUAGCAGCGGCGGUCCAAAGAAGAAGGAUAGUGGUGGUGGUGGUGGUGCAAUGCCUAACAAGGAGCUUCACAUGUUUGUUUGGAGCUCAAGUGCAUCUCCAGUAUCUGAAGUGAAUCUGAGACAUGCAGUUAAUAGAGCUGCCUCCACUGACUUUGAUCCUUCCAAGGCUGCUCUUCAACAUGAAACUAACGCAUCAAGAGGUAUGAAUGAUUUAGGUGAAAGUAUGAGUCCAGCAAGGAAAAUGAGUGGUGAAGAAAUAGAGGAAGGAUUGAAGUUCCCCACAAGUGGGUCUCCUUACACAUGCCAGAAAAAGGUGGAGGUGGAAGAAGUGGAUGGAGCAAAGAAACACCAAAUGCCUCCAGCAAGUGUCAUGACUAGGCUUGUGCUCAUCAUGGUUUGGAGGAAGCUUAUAAGAAACCCUAACACCUACUCAAGCCUUUUAGGCCUUACGUGGUCCCUCAUUUCAUUCAGAUAUCACAUCCAAAUGCCGUCCAUCAUAAAAGGAUCCAUUUCGAUACUAUCCGACGCGGGAUUAGGAAUGGCUAUGUUCAGUCUAGGUUUGUUCAUGGCUUUACAACCGAAGCUCAUUGCCUGUGGAAAAUCCGUGGCAACGUUUUCAAUGGCUGUGAGGUUCUUGACUGGCCCAGCAGUAAUUGCUGCAACCUCCAUUGCUGUCGGUCUUCGUGGUAUUCUUUUGCAUGUUGCAAUUGUUCAGGCUGCUCUUCCCCAAGGGAUCGUCCCCUUCGUAUUCGCCAAGGAGUACAAUGUUCACGCGAACGUACUUAGCACUGCAGUUAUUUUCGGGAUGCUUGUUGCGUUGCCCAUAACAAUCCUCUACUAUAUACUUCUGGGCCUAUAUUUAUGGGAUGAAUUAGUUGGUAGAUAUGUGAUUGAGGAUGAGGGUACUAAGAAAUUUGCUGCAAGCAAUUUCUUACAUUUUCAAAUGACUGAUGAAAAGAGUAUGAAUGAUUUAGGUGAAAGUAUGAGUCCAGCAAGGAAAAUGAGUGGUGAAGAAAUAGAGGAAGGAUUGAAGUUCCCCACAAGUGGGUCUCCUUACACAUGCCAGAAAAAGGUGGAGGUGGAAGAAGUGGAUGGAGCAAAGAAACACCAAAUGCCUCCAGCAAGUGUCAUGACUAGGCUUGUGCUCAUCAUGGUUUGGAGGAAGCUUAUAAGAAACCCUAACACCUACUCAAGCCUUUUAGGCCUUACGUGGUCCCUCAUUUCAUUCAGAUAUCACAUCCAAAUGCCGUCCAUCAUAAAAGGAUCCAUUUCGAUACUAUCCGACGCGGGAUUAGGAAUGGCUAUGUUCAGUCUAGGUUUGUUCAUGGCUUUACAACCGAAGCUCAUUGCCUGUGGAAAAUCCGUGGCAACGUUUUCAAUGGCUGUGAGGUUCUUGACUGGCCCAGCAGUAAUUGCUGCAACCUCCAUUGCUGUCGGUCUUCGUGGUAUUCUUUUGCAUGUUGCAAUUGUUCAGGCUGCUCUUCCCCAAGGGAUCGUCCCCUUCGUAUUCGCCAAGGAGUACAAUGUUCACGCGAACGUACUUAGCACUGCAGUUAUUUUCGGGAUGCUUGUUGCGUUGCCCAUAACAAUCCUCUACUAUAUACUUCUGGGCCUGUAAUAACAGAUGUACGUGCACAACAGAUGGAGGCAAGGGAAAGCAUCUGCAUGCAUGUAAAAAUCCAAAUCAGGCUGAGGUGGAUGGGAAAAUUAGAAGAAUGCCAUUGGAUUCAGUGCGUAUAACAAAUAGAUCUCCAUUGUAUUUUAAUCUUUUAGGUCUUCUUUUGUCGUUAUUAAUGUUGUUGUGUUUUUUUUAUUUACUUGGGUAUUUUUCGGGUUAAGUAUACAGUUAAUUAGUUAGCAUAGAGUAAUUAAUAUAGAACAGACCAUGUGCAAUGUACAAUGGUUGAAUUUUUUUUAUUUGUAUUUGGGUUUUUGCUAGCUACACCAAUAUCAAAGAAACUCUUUGCUUU